GCUUGUGUUUUUUUAAACAUUUCAAAACAAAACAUGCUAGUAAUUUGUCGUAUUGUUUAUUGAUCAGACGUGAGAAAAUGUGGGCGAAAAUAAUUUUAAUAUGUGCCUGGACUAUUUUGGCCAGUUGUUUCGACUUGAGCGGCGCAGUGAACGGUAACCGCAUGGCAGGAGUACCUCUGGGCAUCUCGCACGGCGUCGGCGAGCUGGAUGUCGAAGGAAUCUGCAUACAGCCGGGAAUGGCGUGCCAGAACUGCACGCAUUCCGUCACCUGCGUUCCGAUACCCGGCGGAUGGCUCAAGUUGCCUUUAGAAGAAUGUCCUUUUGGAACAACCUGCAACGCUCACCAACGAGGCUGUUCUCAGCAACCGGUGCCAGAGUGUGACUCUGACAGCCAACAAUUCCAACAUCGUUGCGAACAAGUAGGCAUAUUCCCUGAUGCCUAUGACUGCAGGAAAUUCCAUCUUUGCUCGCCGCCAGAAGGCAUACCCGACGGCCGGCCGGCGGACCACAGAGUUGCUCUGUGUCCCAGACACUAUGGAUACAACCCGCAAACCGCACAAUGCUCGAUACCAUUAAGGAACGGUCAAUGUGAAGAAAGACCAGUCCCGAUUCCAGAAUGCAAGGAAGCGGGUACAUACGGUGUCUUGCCAGCCAGUCCAAAUUUCUACUUCGUAUGCCUUUUAAGUCAAGAUCAAGUCUUCUAUCCACAAAUUUUCCUGUGCCCACACGGCUGGUUCUUCUAUAAUGGGUACUGCUACCCUGAAAUGAAAGGAAUUGUGCCUGUAGUAACUACACCUGUGGACAGCAAAGAAUCUACAGAAAAAACUAGUGAAGUGAUAACUGAAACGGUUAAGGAUGAAACAACGAGCACGCGUUCCAAAAUAGAAAGCUUUUUCUCAACUGAACGAGCCACAACUUACGCCGCCGAUACAUUCUUGGCAGAUAAAUUUGAUCUUUCUAACUAUGAAUCCACUGACGAUGUAGCUCCAAGCACGAAUGACGAUUUCGUAAAUUCCUUCGAGAAUACUAAUGAUUUUUGGUGAUAUGUUUUAGUUGUAAAGAUAUAAUUUAUUGAUGCUCCGCUCCUUUUAGUCAUAGCGUGAUGAUAUAUAGCCUGUACCCUUCCUCAAUAAAUGGGGUAUCCAAUACUAAAA